CUGCCGCCCACUUUCUGACCCCAGAGAUUUCCUGCCUACCCCGGGCGUCCCUCCGCUAACACCCCCGUCUCCUCUCUCCUGCUCAGGGCUUGGCAAGCGAGCCGGAGCUGCCGUCGUGGAGACUGAAUGGAAACGUCCGGGGAGCAGCUGACUUCCCCAAGGAGCAUUGGCUCGGCUCCGGGCUCCGGCGCCCCCGGAUCUCCCUCUGGCAUCAUGGCCAGAAUGGAUGACGAAGUGCUUGGCUACAAGGACUUGGCAGCAAUCCCCAGGGACAAGGCGAUCCUGGAUAUUGAGCGUCCGGACCUGAUGAUCUACGAGCCCCACUUUACCUACUCCCUCCUCGACCGAGAGCCCUCGCUCUCGCCCUCGUCUCUCUCCCCUCCCCCAUCUCCAGAGGUCAGCCGCAAUUGGGCGGAGGCCAAGUCUCCAGGAAGCACAGCACAGGCCUCUGGACGCCAGGCCGGCAGCAGAAGUCGCUCUGGAGUCCAGCACUUCCAUCAUCCUGAGACCAACGCGAUGGAGAUGAACAUCUACAAGAAGCCGCCCAUCUACAAGCAGAGGGAGGCCGCGAUGGCACCCACUCCCGAGGGCAAACGGCCGAUGGAGGGCCUGAUCAUCAAAUCCUCCAAGUUCCCCGCUGCUCAGCCACCAGAUCCCAGCCAGCCAGCCAAGAUUGAGACUGACUACUGGCCCUGCCCACCGUCCCUGGCAGUUGUAGAGACCGAGUGGCGGAGGCAAAAGGCAUCCAAGAGAGGCGAGGAUGAGGAUGAGGACUCAGAAGAGACGAAAACUCUCCGUGAGCUGCAGGAGCAAGAGCUGAGCAAGGUUGCCUCCAAUCUGGGCAAACUCAUUCUGAAGGAGGAGAUGGAGAAGUCUCUCCCCAUCCGGAGGAAAACCCGCUCGCUUCCAGAUCGAACUCCCUUCCACACCUCUUUGCAUGGAGGAAGCUCGAAAUCAGCAUCCCUUCCUGCCUCUGGGAGUACACUUGCCAGGCUGCAGUCGACCGAGUUCAGCCCGGCCGGCAGCGAAAGAGGCAGUCCAGGUCUGCAGGACGGCCAGCAGCGAGGGCGCAUGGACCGAGGGAGCUCCCUCCCCAGCAUGUUGGAGCAAAAGGUUUACCCGUACGAGGUGCUGAUGGUGACCAACCGAGGGAGAGCCAAACUGCCUCCAGGAGUGGACCGAACGCGGCUUGAGCGGCACCUGUCGCCCGAGGAUUUCCAGCGGGUCUUUGAAAUGCCUCUGGAGGAGUUUUCCAAGCUGGCCCUGUGGAAGCGGAACGAGCUGAAAAAGAAAACCUUUCUCUUCUGAGCCCCUCGCCAGCCCCCUGCUCAGCGUGAGCUCCACGUGUGUCGUGCAUUGCAGAGGCUUUAGGGUGUCUCUUGAGUGGGCACCAAGGAAUACUGCUCCCCUGUCCCAGCUGGGAGGGUGCCGGUGGGCCCCAGUCAGGCAGGGGAACAGGAGCAGCCAGUAGCAGGAGGAACCAACCCCCUCCCCCCCCCCCCCCCCCAGAAUGAGCCAGAACAUGGAGCAGCUGGGUGGGCAGAGGGAGCAGCUGCCUUGGCAAAGGUCCCAAGAAGGUGCCUCCAGAGAGCCUGGCCCUGGGACCAGAGCACCCCGACCCUGCCUCCCUGGCACCUGAGAGGCAUCUCCUCAGCUGCCAGUCAACAGGAGUGAUGCCGUCUCAAUCUCAGUGCCUUGGUUGUUCCUGUGCCCUUGACCAAAUGGCUUUGCUGUCCCUCAGCAAGCUUUGUGGAGCAGGCACCCCAAAACAGAGCACCUUUAAAGAGCCCUUCAUGCUCCCCGGCUGCCUCCUUUCCAUUUCUUCUUUCCUCUCCUCGCAGUUGGGACUCUCCAUUUCCCAGGCCUGUAUUGCUUGCCUCCUCCUGUCACAGUCUGGUGAGCCAUAGGACUUUAAGCUUGCAGUGGGGCCACAGUGCAGCCUGCCUGUGUGGGCCUUUGUCCUGGCUGCAGAUCGCUUCUGCCAGUCCUGCCCAAGCCACCCCAGGAGGGUGGGUGAUUGCUCCUCUACAAACGGGGAGGUGCGUGUGGCUGGGCCCCCAAGGCACUCUUUCUUC